ACUCGAUUGUUGCAAAUGGAAACUCCCCGAGAACCUCAUUUCUUCAAGCCUCUUCUUCCUGGUUUUCAAAGUGGCGUCGCAAUACCACUUGACUUCUACUCAAAACACAUACAAGGGGCUGAGAUCAAUAAACCAUGGAAGCUAAGAUCGGACGCUUCGGAUCAAAUUUGGGAGGUGAUCCGAGAAGGCAGGACACUCACCAAAGGUUGGAAAGAGUUCACCGAAGCACAUGAUCUUCGAAUCGGUGACAUUGUCAUCUUCAAACACGAAGGAGACAUGGUCUUUCAUGUGACUCCUUUUGGUCCUAGCUGUUGUGAGAUUCUGUAUACACAUCCUCACAUCGUUAAGGAAGAAGCCGACGCGGAUGAUGCUCCUACUUUCUCAUACGACUACUGCUUCUUGGCUGAGGUUACUCCUACAAAUCAAAAGGACGACAAAAUGUUUCUUCCUGUGGAAGCUAUGAGGUGUGGUGCUUUGAACCAACAAUGCAAAGAGGUCAAACUUGUCAACAAGGAGGGAAAGUCAUGGACUGCGCGCUUCGGAUUUAGCGAAUCAGACGGCGCAUAUUACAUCACCAGAGGGUGGAGAAAGUUCUGUCGUGAUAACAGAUGCACCAACGGAGAUUUGUUUGUGUUCAACGUGGUUGGAGACGGGACGACAACUCCAUUACUGUGUGUAUGUCCGGAAAGGAAGGAGUGUACUGAACUACUGAUCAAGCACUUUAGCAGAAUCGAUGGUAAGUCUUCUCAUUUGACUUGUUUGUGUUGUCUAUAUCUUCAAUGUUACUACUUUGCUUAUGCUUUAACUUGUGUUCUCUUAUUCUACAGGUAGCAUUGUUUCUACCUCACGAAAUUAGAUGGCUCUUUUGCGGUCUUUCCUCUCUAUCAUCUUAACUUGUUUCUUUUUGUUUCAUUAGCAACUUAUCAACUUAUGUAUUUCGGUUUGUAAAACUUGAAUGGUUUUUCUAUGUGAACUUUUAUGCUAAGUUAAACAUUCUCGAACUUAAUUCCUUUGUUGAAUGCGUAGACUGAUCAUCGAACAAAAUGUUUCUAUGAAUUGAAUUUAAGUUAAGAAACUUGGCUAAAAUUUUAAAACAUAGCUUUUCUACAUUUGAAAACACAAACCAAAAUAUUAAAACAUUUUUCGAAAGCCAAAACUUAAACUCCAAAACUCUAAAAUAGCUUUUCUACAUCUAAAAACACAAACCAAAAUAUUAAAACAUAUCUCAAAACCAAAACUUAAACUCCAAAACUAAAACAUAGGUUGAAUAAAAUGUUUUCAUAAAUUUUAUAAUAUAUUUUAAUAUUUUUUUCAUGUAUUCUGAAUAAUUUUAAAUUUAAAAAAAAAUUAAAAAAAUAUUAUUAUUUUAUUCCUAUGAACUCCUUCUUCGGAUUCACUAAUGCAGAAAACAACAAAUUCGGAUUCAUAACUGUUUAUGGGCCCACAAAAAAAUAUUAAAAAAAUUUGGUGAACCCCAGAGUGGGGUUCACCAAUGCUCAUGCUCUAAGUACAUCAGUUUUUUUUUCUGAAAAUACAUGUAUAAUUUUCUUUUUACAAAAGUUUAUAUGGGUCAUCUGACCCCCCUGGUGUAGCACUGGCUCCGCCACUGAUGACUGUACAAUCGACAUCGGUGGUGUUUCGUAGUAACUCAUAGAUUUAUUCACUUUUUAUCGGAGAUUUCUUCGUCUCUACGCUUUUUUGGUUGAGCAAAGUUUGUAUCCACUUACUAAAAAAUAAUUUGUUUAGCUUGACUUCGAUUUCAGAAUUAAAUACACGCUUUCGUCAACUUGGCUUUCGAAGACUUGUUAAAUCUGAAGCCCAAGUUACAAAAAAGAAUAUUAUUAUUUUCAAGCGAUCAUCAUAUUUCUUCGGCCAAAAACAUUGAAAUAAUUUAGAAGUCUUCGUCAACUUUUUGUUUUACCCAAAGGAAAGAUAAUACUAUGCUAAAAUCCAUAACCCUAAAUCUAGACCAAAUCCGAACCAAAAAAUCCAAUCCGUAUCCGGUCCGAAAUAUAAAAAAUACUCGAAUGAAUUUUGCAGGGUGUUACAAAACAUAUUCGAACCCAAAGUGUUAUUAACCGAAUUCGAAUGGGUAAUCCGAAAAACCCAGAAAAACUCAAAAAUAUCGAUUCGAAUGUCCAAAUUAAUGUACGAUAUUAAUAUUUGAAACAUAUAUAUACUUCAAAUAUUCAAUUAUGGAUAAAAUAUUUAACAAUAUGUAUUAAAAAAUAAAUAAAUACCUUAAAUACUCUAUUAUAUUUGAAAAAUUAUAUAUUUUAUGUUUUACUUUUAAAUUUUACCUUGGAUAUAUCUGAACAGAUUCGAUAGAACCAGAAUCCGAAUGAUAUAUGAUUACUUUAGAUAUAUCUGAACCGAUCCGAACCCGAAGUAUUAUAUCCGAAUUCGAUUUGUACUUGUAAAUUUAUUAGAAUGACACCUAGGCGGUGUUACAAAACAGAACCGAAAUCCGAAAAACCCGAUCCGAACCCAAAUGGGUAUCCGAACGCCCAAGCCUACCUAUAUUUUUUUUAUCAAUCCUUAUAUUUGUCCAUAUAAUAUUUUGGCAAAAAAAAAAUUAUAAUAAAUAGCUUGACUUGGGUUUCAAGAUGUAAACU